AAGUAGUUCAAACACGAGCUCAGAUGCGUCUGCUAAGCGGUGUUUGUUGAUAGUUCAGUUUUCACUGAGUGUUAUCAGCGAAUGUAAAGUCAGUGCGACAUUAGACAUUGGAUUUAUGUCCUUUUGUUUUACAAGUACGAAGGAAACAUGGAGGAGUCUUCUUUCAAUUCUAACAUUUUGAACACGAUCAUCAUCGCCGUCUUGGGAUAUUUGACAGUGAAGGCUAUCAGUGGUAUUCUCAAGUUCAUGAAGUUCAGGAGAAUAUACAACGCCAUCCCUGGGGAACAGUCCUUCAACCCUUUUUUGGGAACUCUGCACAAGUUUCCAGGCCCUAAUGAAGAAGGCAUUAAAUAUGACUUCAAAAUGAUGCAAGAUGUUGCUCCAAAGAUUGUAAGGGUUUGGUUAGGACCAUUCCUGGCUAUGAUAAUGUUACAUCACCCAGACACAGUAAAACACCUGCUUAAGUCCUCAGAGCCGAAGCCCAGGGGAAAGUAUGUAUCAGGGCCGUAUGACAUGGGUGUGCCCUGGUUGGGGGAAGGGCUGCUCAUUGCCAAUGGAGACCGAUGGGCAAGAAGUCGGCGCCUUCUCACCCCAGCUUUCCAUUUCGACAUCCUCAAACCUUACUUUUCAAUCAAUAAUCAGGCUACUGAUAUUUUGUUGGACAAAAUAUCCAAAACCUGCAAAACAGGGAAAAGCUUUGAAGUGUUCAACGUCAUUAGUCUGUGUGCUCUUGACAUCUUACUGAGGUGUGCCUUCUCUCAGACCAGCAACUGUCAGACUGAUGGGUAAG